AUGCGCUUUCGAACGCAACUGGUCAACCCACUGACCUUCUCCAAAUUGACCGCGUCCCUCGCAUCCUUGGGCAAGGUAUGCUGGAUGCGCCUGGAAUACGAUGUGAUCCGCUUCACCAUCAUCCCGGACCAAGGCACCCAAGUAUGGGCCCAGAUCCCGAUCGAUACCAUCUUCGAUGAAACGACCUACGAGCUCGAGUCCAACUCGGGCGCCAUCAACAUCGAAAUCAACGUCAGCGUGCUGCACCGCGCCCUCCGGUCCGCAGUUGGCUCAACCUCAGCGCAGUUCCGACUAACCAAAAAGGGCAAAACACCGCUCCUGGCACUCACGGUGCUGACCACCCAGUUCACGCCGGGGAACAUGACGCUCAGCACAACGGAGGGCGCCCCAGAAGAAGCCCAGCAACUCCCAACGACAACAAAUCGAGAUGUCGUCGGAGACAUGGGCGCCCGAGAGCGCGAGGUCUGGAUCACGCAGGAGGUCCCGAUCAAGAUCCUCCACGAGGCCGUUGUAGACGGUCUCCAUGAACCGCACUGCCCCGAUCCAGACGUGCACAUCAUCCUGCCGAGUCUGCAGCAACUCAAGAGUGUCUCGGAUCGGUUUACCAAGCUGGCUGCCUCAGACAGUAAGAAUACGCGCCCGAGCGUGCUGGCACCGGACGCGCCGGGGAUGAGCGCGGCAUCGUUCAGCGAGAAUAGGGGUAGUGGUGGCUCAGGUGGCACGGCGCUGUCGACAAACAGCUCCCCCAAGCUGGAACUGUCUGCCAAUAUGCACGGCAAACUAAAGCUAUCCAUUGUAACAGAUGAGCUGCGUCUUUCGAGUGUCUGGUCUGGGCUCGUGAACCCAGAGCUGGAUCCUGCGCAGAUGUCGCAGACGGAGUACUCGCAGCUGCCCAGUGAGCGGAAUCGCGCGGCUAAAGAUGAUGGCGAGUCUGGGUGGGCGACUGUCCGGAUUGAUGGCCGCGACUGGGGACGUGUGCUGAGUGUCGGAAGACUCAGUCCCAAGGUGGUGGCUUGCUUUAUUAAUGAGAUGGCGCUGGUUCUCUACGUUUAUCUACCCGGGAGACGCAACCGCGAAGAUUCUUGCCUGACCUACUAUAUCAACUCUUUUGCACUGUGA